AUGCGAGAGUUGGGUUGGCUGCCUCUUGCAGACAAGUACGCACUGAACUUCAAGAUGAAGUGGGUCGAGAGCAGACUAAGCGUCAAUUACGAUAAAUUCAGAGAAGGUGAGCAGUUGGUCAAUCGAAUUCCUAACUGCUACAUGUUGACCAACAAGUUAGGGUUGCUGGUGAAUUUGAAUAAAUACCAAAUUGAUAGUCAAGCCAGGCCUAAUCCAGAGUGUCCGAAAAUUAAGUUGGUCGAUUUUCUGCCCGAGACUUACAGAAUUGACGACAACAAAGAUCGAUUGUUUUUCGUCAACCGCUUUAAAGCUGGUGAAUUGUGGAUCUCUAAACCAAUUGGUCUGAACCAGGGGAGGGGUAUCUAUCUGGUGCGAGAUGCUGAGAUGUACAGGGAACCAUUCGCAGAAGCAGAACGUGAUAAGAGCGGUCGAUUGAUACAAAAGUACAUCACUAAUCCUCUGCUGAUUGAAGGCAGAAAGUUCGACAUUCGGGUGUAUAUGCUGGUUGCUUGCAUGAAACCACAUCUCGUCUUAUUUAGGAAAGGUUAUAUCAGGUUAUGCCUCAACAAAUACGAUGAAGCUGCCGAAGAUUUGACGGUGCACCUGACAAAUCAGUUCAUCCAAAGAAAAUGUCCGUUUUACGAAGUUUGCAAAAACGAGACGAUAUGGAGUUUCGACAAAUUCAAUGAUUACAUCAACAAAACUGUCGUCGCAAACAAAGGUGGCGUCGAAAUUGACUGGGUCUACAAAACACUCUGGACGAAAAUGAAGAACAUUGCACUGUUUACCUAUCUAUCAGUGAAGGAAAAACUGCAGGCCAAAAUUGGCUACUUCGAUCUAUAUGGACUUGACUUUCUCAUCGAUAAUGAUUUGAAGGUUUGGCUACUGGAGGUGAAUGUCAAUCCGUGUUUGGCAACCAAUUGCGAUUACUUGAAACUUAUUAUUCCUGAAAUCGUACACGAAACCAUUUCUAUAGCGUUAGAAUGUUUUGAAAAGGUCAGAGAAAGGUCACCCCUGCUACCCCUGAUGAAUUUGAAAUCGUUCGAAGUCCUCUAUCACCAGCCUACACUCGUCUUUCCAGUCCUAUUUGAUGUCCUGUCUGUAAAUGUUGGCAGAGUUGUUUUAUUUUUGAAUUCGUGA